UGAAUUUUUUCCUCAAAAGUGUGGGUGUUUUUCAUGAAAGUAUAUACGCCCCAUAUAUAAAUAAGCAUUUUUAAAGGACUUGAUGUGCGGUUGCUGCUGCUGCGCCAUUUUCUCUGUUCUGCUUGACAGUCGCGAAACUACGUCAACAUGCCGAAAAAACGCCGGUUUGGAAAGCUGAUUGAUCUCCUGGAUGAAGUUGAUGAGAGUGGCGAGAGUCCGGCCACUGUCUUCCUGUGUCCUCCUAACGUGCGUGAGGACAGCGACGCCGACUCGGGAGACGAGGACGGAGGCGGUACCAUCGACAACCUCAACCGCAACCUGCUGCAAGCAGAUGCUGAACUCGUCGGCCAAGAGGACGGUUCUGACGACGAAGCUGCUGAAUCGGUCGCCCCAACCAGCCACAGGUGGGGCAAACGAGAGGUCGCUUCAUUUCUGAAGGAGCGAGAGGAAGCUUGCCCAUACCCACAGGUGAACUUUUCGAACAAGACACCCGUUGAAGUACUGAGCUUCUUCUUGGAUGACGAGUUCUAUGCGCAACUCCUUCAGGAGACACGCCGAUAUAUCCAGUGGAGAGGGAAGAAUGUCCAGGAGCCCUCCAUCGCCGAGCUGAAGGCUGUCAUGGCGAUCCUGUACUUCUCGGGAUACCACAACGUGCCGAACCGCCGGGCCUUCUGGUCGACAGACCCUGACCUGCACGUGGAAUUCGUCUCCCGGAUCAUCUCGAGGAACCGCUUUGACGACAUCCUUUCGGUCCUCCACUUCGCUGACAACCAGCGUCUCGACCCCAGUGACAAGAUGGCCAAGCUGCGACCUCUCUUCAACAGCAUGCAAGACAAGUUCUUGCGAGCUUUUCAGAGACCGCCAUCUUCCACAGAACUGGACGUGGAUGAGAGCAUGAUUCCCUACUAUGGCCGUCACGGGUGCAAACAGUUCCUGAGAGGGAAGCCCAUACGGUUUGGGUUCAAGGCGUGGUGCCUUAACAGCCCAGAUGGGUAUCUACUGACCUUCGAAGUGUACCAAGGUGCCAGCGGAACUGCUCAGCGUCCAGACUAUGAGGCCGCCUUCGGGAAAUGUGGAUCAGCAGUGAAGAUCCUCAUAGACAGAAUGCCGAAGGAGAUGCGCAUGGACGCACUGCACAUCUUUACGGACAACCUCUUCACCAGCCUUCCUCUGAUGAUGGCGCUGAAGGAGGAGGGAAUCGGGCACACGGGAACCAUCCGCCAGAACCGCCUCCGAGGAUGUCCGCUGAGCUCGGUGGCAGCGAUGAAGAAGGCUCCCAGGGGAGACACCUCUGUCGCCGUGGAAACGAAGCAGGGCAUCAACCUCGUCAGGUGGAAGGAUAACAGCGUGGUGACCGUAGCAUCUACGGUAAGCUCGUCCCGAACUGUGGCUGAAGUUCAAAGAUGGUCGCGACGAGAGAAGAAGAGGAUCAAGGUAGCUCAGCCACAGAUGAUUCAGGACUACAACUGCGCCAUGGGCGGUACCGACCGCAUGGACCAGAACAUCGGCGCGUACCGCAUCGCGAUCCGACAGAAGAAGUUCUGGUGGUGCAUCUUCUGCUGGCUUCUGGGGGCCGCGAUGCAGAACGCCUGGCUGCUCUACCGUCAGCAUCAUCCAGGCGAGAAUCAGAUCAACUUCAUCCGAGCCAUCGUCCGGUAUCACCUGGCAGAGACGACGAAGCCACCAUCUGGACGUCCAAGUUCCGCGUCGAGUCAGCAUCGCGUCCCAGCCAGCAUCCGCUACGAUGGUAUCAACCACCUGGUCGUUCCUCUUGCCAAGCAGGGAACGUGUGCAAACAAGGAGGGAAAGUGCAAGAGCCACCCGAAGACCGCCUGUCGCAAGUGCCAGGUGCCGCUGUGCGUGGCGUGCUUCGUGCCGUUCCAUGCGACCUGAGAGUAAGAACAUGCUGUACACCAUGGGGAAAUUUGGGCUAGUUGGGCCAACACUGUUGGAUACGGUGAGAUGGGUGAAAGUUUGCAAGCGCCGUCUAGAUCCCGGAGGGAUGUUUUGUUUUCAGCGUUUGCUGUAAGCUGUGUCACUGUCCAAUGCACUUCGAUGUUUGUGAGUCAGGUAGUGCAUUGACUCAUCAUCGUAAUUGAUUGUUGACCGCUGACACUAUCAAUCAUCACGAUCAUUCGCCUGAUCUCAUAAUAUGUUCACAUGUUGGUAGUGGCAAGUGCCUAUCAGCAUACACAUCUAAGAAUAUACAUUGGUUCUCAAAAGUUUCUUUUGAAUUGCGCUUUGUGGCAAUAUUUCGACUACCCAGGUGCCCAUAGCCAUAUAUUUAUUGACCCCCCUGGCGACAAAUUGGGGGGGAUAAAAAACAAGAAAAUCAUCCUAAGCUAAUACACUCGAUAAAGAAGCUAGUAUUUUGUGCAAAAAAGUUUGAAAUUUUGACU